CGGGCGGACCAGUCUGUGACAGCAGAACAAGCACUUGCCCUUAAACUUGCAUGCAGAGGAAUUGACCUCGUCUCUCACUGUGAUUAUUAUCAUUUAGCAAUACGGAUAUUACAGCAUCACAAUGUCUCUUGCGGCAGAGGCUUUCGUGUCGCAGAUGGCAGCUGCUGAGCCUUGGCCUGAAACUGCAACCUUGUACCAGCCGCUGAAGGAGGAUCAGAUCCUGCUGUCAGACUGCGCCUCAUCUCUGGCUGUUCAGGCCUACCUCAGGAUGUGUGGUCUUCCAGUGCAGGUGGUUUGCAGAGCAAAUGCUGAAUACAUGUCACCCUCUGGUAAGAUUCCCUUCAUCCAUGUUGGGAACCAGGUGGUGUCAGAGCUGGGGCCCAUAGUGCAGUUCACCAAAGCUAAGGGUAAUUCUUUGAGCGAUGGCUUAGACGAUGUUCAGAGAGCUGAAAUGAAAGCGUACAUGGAGCUGGUCAACAACAUGCUGCUUACUGCUGAGUUGUACAUCCAGUGGUGUGACGACGCUACAGCUGCUGAGAUCUCACGUCCCAGAUACAGCAGUCCUUACUCGUGGCCUCUCAAUAACAUCCUGGCCUAUCAGAAGCAGUGGGAGGUUCGCAGGAAGAUGAACGCCAUCGGCUGGGGAGGGAAAACACUGGAGCAGGUUUACGAGGAUGUGAGUCAGUGCUGCCAGGCGCUCUCCCAGAGGCUGGGAACACAACCGUACUUCUUUAAUAAACAGCCCACAGAACUGGACGCGUUGGUGUUCGGCCACCUCUUCACCAUCCUGACCACCAGACUGACCAGCACUGAGCUGGCAGAGCGGAUCAAGAGCUACAGCAACCUGCUGUCCUUCUGCAGACGCAUCGAACAGACCUACUUUGAAGACAAGAGCUCUUGAAGGAAUGAAACGUCUCUGUAUGAUCUCCUCUUGUACAUUCGGCCCCUCCUUCUCUCAUUCCCUCACUGUAGCACUGACGAGCUAAACACAGCUUGUAUUCACACACCUGUCCCCACGUGAUGCUUGCUCUCUGCCUCCCUUUUGCUUCGUACUUGUACAUUAUUGCAUGCUGCUGAUAGAAGUGCAGAUGAGUCUUUAAAGGAUGAAGAUGUGUCCACUGCACAAAUAAACCUAAAAGUAUCCUAAAGUCACAGUGAAGAUCACCAACACAUAUGUACCAUUUAAAAAAAGUUUAACACAGACUUAAUAAUGACAUUUAUGUGAACACACUGAUGAUCUGCAGCUCUUGUAGUUUAACUGCUUCAGGAAGCCACCAAAUGAGUUUUCAGCAGACCAUAGAGCCUUUACGUUUGCAGCUGAGGUCAGACGUCAGCUGCAGGUGAUCUGACACAGAUUCAGUGUCGGGCUCAAGGACACUUCAGCAGGGUGGAUGCUUCCUAACACAGAGGCUUAUUUAUAUGCUCUUAUUGUUUGUCACUGUUUCCACUGUCUUCUGCUCCGACAUGUAUCAUAGUGUAUCUACUGCGAUCCACUGAGUCUCAGACAGGCUUCAGUCCGACUGAUUUUUUCCCUAGAAGCUUGUAAGAAAGACGAGGCGGCGUUGCUUCCCUCUGUACAAAACACAUGGAUAUAAUGAUGAAGAGGAUGUGACUUAAUCCUUAGUUAUUCCACCGUUGUUUUCUUUGUGUGAAUUAAAAGUGCCUACAGAAUAAAAGUCAUUUAACUGAA